AUGUUAAAAAAGCAGCAUGAGCUGCCCUACGGAGACAUCAUCGAAUUGCUAGGUGAUGGGAGAGAUUCAGAACUAUCGUCAUUGUCAGGCGACGACGAUGAUUUUGUUGAUGACAAUGAAUACCCUUGUUCAGAAAUCGAAAAGUCUAGUAAAGAACAAAUGUUUGAAAAUGUACUUGAUGAUUUUGAACUGUUUGAAUUCGAAGAUGGUGAAGAUUUCAACGUUUUUGGCAUAAAUAAUGAAACAGUUGAAGAUGAACAGCAAUCAGAUAACAAUGCUUAUGCUAGGCCAAGUACACCUGCAAUACCACCAUGUCAUAUAGCAAUAAGACCUGUUGUUGAACACGGACUACACCUCAAUAACCUACCAUAUUACACAAAAAAUGAAAUUAAAUGGUCAAAUAGACCGUUUGUCAGUAAUUUCUUAAAGAUUUCGCCACCAGCUCCAGAAUUAUCAACUACUUAUAAGACUCUAUUACCAAUAGAAUAUUUCAGUAAAUACUUUCCUGAGGAAGAGUUUGAAAAUAUGGCCAAGUACACAAAUAUUUAUGCCAAACAAAAUAAUUUCAUAAAUUAUGUAGAUACUACACCUUCAGAAAUGAAGGUGUUUGUGGGUAUACAUUUGAAGAUUGGUUGUCAAAAACCUAGUAGAAUAAGAUCAUGUUGGACUAAUGAGGACAGAGUAAAUAUAAUUGCUGAUAAUAUGUCUCGAAAUCGUUUUUUUCAGUUGAGGUCUUGUUUUCAUGUAAUGAAUAAUGAUGACAUUCCUGAAAACAAUGUUGAUAAAUUUAUAAAAGUUAGACCACUUUUUAAUUCUUUUUUAAAACGUAAAGAAUUGCCAGUAGAAACUAAUCUAGCUGUUGAUGAACAAAUGGUCAAAUUUAAAGGGAAAUUAGGUGUCAAACAAUACAUGAAAGGCAAACCCUGCCCUUGGGGUAUUAAAAUUUUUUUAUCUGCUCUGCUAAUGGUAUGCUCUUACAAUCUAUUUACAUCACUUGAGUGUUUGGGAAUUAAAGCAGCUGGGACAGUUAGACUUAAUCGUUUUGCUAAUCCUCCAAUUGUGAGCGAUAAAGAGCUAAAUACAUUAGGAAGAGGAGCUUCAUAUGAAGUUACCUCAACAGAUGGAAAAGUUGGUCUGAUUAAAUGGUUGGAUAAUAAAUCUAGGGAUGUAAAAAAAGAACCCAUAUGGCAUGCAAAAAAUGCAAUGUCCAUUUAUGUAUUACCGUGUAUUACCAAGACAAGGAAUUGUUUUUAUGAUUAUCAUAAUUAA